AUGGUGUCCCCGAUGUCAACGAUUCUGGUGACGGGUGGGGCGGGGUUCAUCGGAUCCCACACGGUGGUUCAGCUACUCAAACAGGGAUUCAGGGUUACCAUAAUCGACAACCUCGACAAUUCCGUAAUCGAAGCCGUUCACAGGGUUCGCCGUCUUGUCGGUCCUCACCUUUCCAACAACCUCACCUUCUACCACGGCGACCUCCGCAAUGUACACGAUUUGGAGCCACUCUUCUCCCAAACCAAGUUUGAUGCUGUGAUCCACUUCGCUGGCCUCAAAGGUGUUGGGGAAAGCGUUGCAAAGCCCCGCCGUUACUACGACAACAAUGUGGUGGGCACUAUCAACCUUUUUCAAGCAAUGGCCAAAUUUAACUGCAAAAACAUGGUUAUUUCCUCCUCCGCAACUGUUUAUGGCCAACCUCAUCAAGUUCCCUGCGUCGAGGAGGACUUGCAUUUACACGCCAUGAAUCCCUACGGAAGAACUAAGCUCUUUGUUGAAGAAAUAGCCCGAGACAUUCAGAGAGCAGAGGGAGAGUGGAGGAUCAUUCUGCUGAGGUACUUCAAUCCGGUUGGGGCCCACGAGAGUGGCCAGAUUGGGGAAGAUCCAAGGGGUAUCCCCAAUAACCUCAUGCCUUACAUUCAUCAAGUUGCUGUUGGUAGAUUGCCUGAGCUCAAAGUUUAUGGUCAUGAUUACCCCACCAAGGAUGGCACCCCGAUCCGAGAUUAUAUCCACGUAAUGGACUUGGCAGAUGGUCACAUUGCUGCCCUUCGAAAGCUUUUUGCUACAGACAACAUUGGUUGCACUGCCUAUAAUUUGGGAACUGGGCGCGGUACAUCGGUGCUUGAAAUGGUAGCUGCAUUUGAAAAAGCUUCCAGCAAGAAAAUUUCAUUGAAAAUGUGUCCCAGAAGACCCGGAGAUGCUACUGCUGUAUAUGCAUCCACGGAGAAGGCAGAGAAAGAACUUGGUUGGAAGGCGAAAUACGGUAUAGAGGAAAUGUGCAGGGACCUAUGGAAUUGGGCGAGCAAAAAUCCAUGGGGAUACCAGGGGAAACAUUAG